UCUCUGUGCAUAGACUUCCUCCUCACUUCUUUUGCUGCUUUAGGUUUUCAUUACAAUUUCACAUAAACCUGCCUCGUUCAGCCUUAGACCCCUUUGACAUCACAAACUAGUGUGUAACACCAACCUUUCACAUACCUUUAUUACAACAUAUUUGCCAGUGUUGUAAGUGUGCAACCCCCCCGACACACAAGGCAUUUCCUUUGUACUUUACUCUGGUUCUGUUAAGAGGUUCUGGGUGUAUUAGUUUUAUCAAGAAAAAUGGAUUCAACAGCAUUUAACAGGAAUUUUCUGCUAUUGCUCACAGUGGGAGCCAUAAUUAACACCAGAGUUCAGGGGACACUUAUCGAUCCAAACACUCCAGAGACAGUUAUGGCAUGUAUAGGGUCAGAUGAAACCAUUCACUGCACUUUCCAGGCAAAUGUUAAAGGGCUCAAAGUGUACUGGUUUUUUGGCAAAACUCCUUACUUUAAUAAUGCUGAGAAGAUUAAAUUAAACUCAUCCAAUGGCUCCAGUGUGAGUCAUUACAGUGAAGACAAAGAAGGGAAUACUUCACAUUUGACUAUUAGAAAUGUUACUUUCAAUGACCAAGGAUGGUAUUUUUGUAAGGUCACACAGGAUAUUCCUCGACUCAUCCACAGACACAGCAAUGGCACUCAACUGGUCAUUGAAUUACCCACAGAGAGUCCUUUGGAAGAAACUACAACAAAUUCAACUACAACUUGUGGUACAACUUUGGAUUAUAUAGUGCCUGAAACUCAAAGUGCUCCUCCUUGGUGGCUGUGGGUAGCUGUGGCAGUGGGUUGUGCUUUGAUUGUAGCAACUGUGAUCAUCACAACGGUCAUAUGUGGAAGAAAAAAAGAAGCCCCUGUUUAUGAGAACACAAAAGAAGCCUCAAAGAGACACUGGAAAGAAGAUCGAUCCCUUCACCAAUUCAUGUCGUCAAAUGGAUAUUCAAAUAAACAAAUGGAUACUUUGAAACCACAUAACUAUGAAUGUCGUCCCAAAGGUAGACAACUGAGCCCAAAAUUAUAAAUAAUAUAAUUAUUAAUAAUUAUAUUUAUUAAUAAUUAUAUAAUUAUAUUUAUUAAAUUAUUAUAUGAGUGUGAUAGUCUAUUAAAAAAAUCUUUUUCCUUUUGGAUUGCUAAUGGCCCAAGGUUUCUAAAACAGCUCUACUUGGAACCUUUCCUGUGGUAGGUUCCACAUAAAACCUUUAAGAGUUCCCCCAAAGGGACAAAUAGAAGAACUCUUUAGGGUGUGAAAUAUAAACUUUUUAUAUGAAUGUUUGUCUUUGUAACAGAAUGUUAAUAUAUGGAGGCAUUUUUGUAUUGCAUGCUUGUAUGUCUUUGGUAGAUUUUUUUUCUGUCAAAAUCUGUUAAUUAAAGAAUGAAGACAAUCUUUAAAAAAAAUCAUUAAGGAUAUUUAUACAAUUAUAAGAAAAAAAAUACACCCUCUUUUAAUUCUAUGGUUUCUUCCAGACAUAAUAAACAUAAUCUCGUCCUCACUAGGUCCUUAAACCCAAUUAAACUAACAUCAGGUAACAAACACCACAUCACAGAUUCCACUGUGUCAAUAUUUAUUUGCCACAAAUAAGCCUGUAGGUGAAAAAUGGAGUAUACCCAAUCACUCAGCAGCUGAUAGAACCAGCUUUAGCAGCAACAACUUGUAGUAAACAUUUUAUGCAUGGGUUUAUGGGUCUCUCAUAUUAUCUUGGGAGAGUUUCAGCCCAUUCUUCCUUAUGAUAUUGUUUUAGUUGAUUGAUGUUUGAAGACAUUCACUUGUUUACAGCUGUCUUAAUGUCAUGCUACAGCAUUUUGAUAGGGUUGAGGUCUGGACUUAAACUUGCCGAUUCUAAAACCUUGUUUAAUACCUUUUAUCUUUAAGCCAUUCAGUUAUACUUUUGCUGGUAUGCUUAGGAUCACUGUCUUGUUGCAUAAACCAGUUUAGGCCAAGCUUUAUCUGCUAGCCUCAGAUUUGCCUCCAGAAUGAUUUGGUAUGAUGAUUUGAUAAUGAGAAUUUCAUGAUUGAUUACUGAUCUUAAAGUGCACUGGAACUGUGGUUACAAAACAUGGCCAUAUCAUCAACCCUUAACCACAUGUAUCUGUGGUGUUAUGCCAUGUUUGGCCAUUAGAUGCACCAUUAAAUGAUUCAUUAGAUGUAUCAUUGCAAACUAUGCUUGCAUUGAGAGAAGAGGCUCUUUCUUGGCUACCCUUCCAUAAAAGCCAUACUUGGUCUUUUUUUCCAGUCAUUUAAAAUUUUAACAGAGUCCUGCAGGUCCAUAGAUGUAACUCUUGGGUUCUUUGUAAUUUUUAUGAUUAAAUGGUCUGACAUUAGGAUGAAUUUAAUUGGACAUUCACUCCUGGAAAGCUUGGCAGCAGUCUUGAAUGUUCUCCAUUUCUUAAUCCUUCUUACUGUAGAAUGAUGGAUUUGAAUAACUCUUCCUAGACUGAUAUGUAGAAACAACUGAUUCUAUGAAAUCACUGCUGCUGCCUUGUCCUCUUGGCAAGGGAUGGACAAAGAAAUGUAAUGGCACCAGAUCACUAGACUGUCAAAAGUUAUGCUUUUAUAAAGGUGGCCACACAUCAGACCAAAAAAUCGGCUGUGUUUGAUUAGUUACUCCUGGAUGCAAAUUACUAUGUUAACUGAUGUGGAAGUAGUAUGUUUACUUUUUUUUUUUUUUUACAUAUGGCUUCCACAUACAGGCUGCUUUUUCUUUGUUUAGCAAGUACAG